CGGGUCCGUCACCCAAGCCUCGCUCGGAGCCGCGAGGCCUGGAUUUUUAGCCGCACGAACCGACGUUCGGGGUCGGCCAUACCAGGUGCGAUCCUUUAAUAUACCCCACGUUUGCCCACGGCGAGGGGAAGGUUAGCUUAGCUGCCGACUGCCGAGAGACUAGAGAGAGAGAGAGAGAGAGGUGCGACGAAGUUUGUGGCUGUGUCGGGAUAUCGGAGGCGAUGGCGGAGAACAAGGAGGAAUCGGUCGGGGAGUCGGUGGUGGAGAAGAAAGUGGAGGAGUUCCACCACGAUGACUCAUCGUCCUCGGACUCGGACAACGAGAAAUCGAAGCCGUCCUCCUCGUCUGUCAAGUCCAAGAUAUGCCGCCUCUUCGGCAGGGAGAAGCCCGUCCACACUGUCUUGGGCGGCGGAAAGCCUGCUGAUAUUUUCCUAUGGAGGAACAAGAAGAUCUCUGCCGGUGUGCUUGGUGGGGCCACGGCCAUCUGGGUCUUGUUCGACUUGAUGGAAUACCACUUGCUCGCUCUUGUCUGCCACUGCCUCAUUCUAUCGCUGGCGAUCUUGUUCCUCUGGUCCAAUGCGACCACCUUCAUCAACAAGUCUCCACCUCGCAUUCCUGAGGUGAGCAUCCCUGAAGAUGUGGCUGUGAGUUUUGCGCUUUCGCUGAGAUAUGAGAUCAACAGGGGUUUUGCUGUUCUAAGGGACAUUGCAUCAGGACGCGAUCUGAAGAAGUUCCUCAUGGUAUGUUGCUCGGUCUUUCUUUCAAAUGUUAGCGGAUCUUGGAGUAUUUCAAUGGGUGUUAUACUGUUUGGUAUAUUGGUUUUCCAGGUGAUUGCAGGUUUGUGGGUCCUUUCCAUCGUUGGGAGUUGCUGUAAUUUCUUGACUUUGUUUUACAUAGCAUUUGUUACGCUGCACACGCUACCCGUUCUCUACGAGAAGUAUGAGGACAAAGUUGACUCAUUUGCAGAGAAGGCGAUGACAAAAGUCAAGAAGAAUUAUGCAACGUUUAAUGCCAAGUGUUUGAGCAAGAUUCCAAGGGGGCCUUUGAAAAAGAAGCACCAGUAGGUUCUGACUGUUAGUGUCUAUCUAUGGAUUUUCCAGUGUUCACGUGACUGUUUACUCAUUUUUCUCUGAACUUUCUCUUUGAUGCUGAGUAUUUAUGAUAUGGAUCAUAAAUAUGUUUGCACGAUUUUACCUAAUGUGAGCAUCCUACCGUAUGCCAUUUCUGCUGGUGAUUUGACUGCACCAUUUAUAUGCUAUGAUUAGUUGAUGUUCCCUUUGUGUUUCAUCUCGGUCCUGUAGUGCCCUUAGAUGUCUCCAAGUAGGAUUUAUAGUGAUGCAAGAAGUGGUCUCAGUCCCAGAGCUUGAAUGAGUGUAAACAUGUUUUACAAUAUGAGUCCAGGGUUCGUGCUUCUUCUCA